AUGACGACAAAAAAUUUAGAUACAGUUCAAAAAGAAGACUCCUCAGUUGGCUACUUGUCUUCUGACUCUAGUGGCAAAGAGCGUGAUGACAAGAAUGACAAAGACUCCUCCAAAAACGUACACAAGCUUCGUCCAGUUGACGUUCAAAGGCACCAGUUGGAUCGUCUGUUAUCACGUAUUGAUAAACCAGUGACUAUUCCCGAAAUCCAAGAUAAACCUAAGCUGAAACCACCAAAAGAUAUUGUUCGUAAUGUUCAAGGUUCAAGUGCUGGUGCUGGAAGUGGCGAAUUUCAUGUAUAUCGAGCACAUAGACGUCGUGAAUACACACGUCAAAAGAUUAUUGAAGAAGAGGCCAGAAAAGAAGAAGAAAAAAGGGAAUUCGAAAAAAAGAUGAAUGAAAUAAAACACCAAGAAGAAGUAAAAACUGCAAAGAAACGUGCAAAACGACAAAAGAAGAAACAAAAGAAAAAACAGAAAAUCUCCGAACCUUCAAAGAUUCGGAUGAGUCGAACUGAAGCAUCAAUGAUGAAGUAG